CAAAGCAUAUAUUUGAAAUUUGUUAAGGGUAGGGGCAAAACUGUCAGCUCAUCUCCUGUCCAAGGAUGAAUAUUGAAAAUGUCGUUUUGAAGAUGAUAGAAUGCGACGUUAUUUGGCAAUAAUCCGAGCAGUGAAGUGGAAAUGGUAUCAUCGAUGUCUCUCUCCUUCUCCUCUUUGCUGCUGCCCUCUCCUCUUCCUCACACCACCACCACCACCACCUCCAGCAACAGUAACAUUGUACGCAAUAAACAGAUAGCUAUCCUAGUUGUAUGUUCAUAUUCUGCUACUUCACCUUCCUCUUAUGAGAAAAAGCACUGGAAGAAGGGCGAAUUCCCUGGAAUCACCGAAACAUUCGCUCCCAGGAAACAGCCAAUCAAGAAUAUCAAAAAGAAAUUGGACAAAAAGAGCAAAGCCAAGGCCUGGGUCAACACUGUCACGGAGGCCUUGUCCGAUCGCAUCGCUAAGAAGCAGUGGCUUCAAGCCCUCGAGGUGUUUGAGAUGCUAAAAGUACAGCCCUUCUAUCAACCAAAGGAAGGGACUUACAUGAAACUGCUGGUUCUUUUGGGGAGAUGUGGCCAAGCACACCGUGCCCAUCAACUAUUCGAUGAAAUGAUCCAAGAAAGAUUGGAACCUACACCUGAACUUUACACAGCAUUGCUGGCAGCCUAUUGCCGCAACAACCUCAUUGAUGAGGGAUUUUCCGUUCUCCGCCAAAUGCAGAGUCUCCCUCGUUGCCUGCCCGAUGUUUACACCUAUAGCACCUUACUCAAGGCCUGCGUUGAUGCUUCAAGAUUUGAGCUGGUUGAGACUUUAUAUCACGAGAUGGAUGAAAGAUUGAUUACUCCGAACACGGUCACACAAAACAUAGUCUUGAGCGGAUACGGGAAGGCUGGAAUGUAUGACCAGAUGGAGAAAGUCCUAUCUGCCAUGUUAGACAGCAAGGAAUGCAAACCUGAUGUUUGGACAAUGAACAUCGUCCUCAGUGUGUUUGGUAACAAGGGUCAGAUUGAUUCCAUGGAGAGAUGGUAUGAGAAGUUCCGCAACUUUGGAAUUGAACCAGAAACCCGCACUUUCAAUAUAUUGAUUGGUGCUUAUGGAAAGAAACGCAUGUACGAUAAGAUGUCAUCGGUAAUGGAGUACAUGCGCAAGCUUCAGUUUCCAUGGACCACUUCAACUUUCAACAACGUGAUCGAGGUUUUUGCAGAUGUGGGAGAUGCCAAACACAUGGAGUAUACUCUUGAUCAGAUGAGAGCAGAGGGCAUGAAAGCAGACACCAAGACAUUCUGUUGCCUAAUUAAUGGAUAUGCCAAUGCAGGUCUAUUCCAUAAGGUGAUUAGCACUGUUCAGUUGGCUGCAAAGUUUGAAAUACCUGAGAAUAUCACCUUCUAUAAUGCAGUUAUUUCUGCAUGCGCGAAGGCAGAUGAUUUGAAGGAGAUGGAGAGAGUUUUUGCGCGGAUGAAAGAUAAUCAAUGCCAACCAGAUAGCAGAACCUACUCUAUCAUGGUGGAGGCAUACAGGAAGGAAGGUAUGAAUGACAAGAUUUAUUAUUUAGAGCAAGAGAAAAAUGUUAUGCUUUCUAAUGGCUCUUUAAGUGAGUAGAUACAUUUCUGAGAGACCAAAAUACUGCGGAAUUUACCAUUGUAAAUUGCUUCAAUCUUUGUUGAAUAUGUAAUAUUAAUGUUUAACAUUGGUUGGUUUUUGUUUAUUCAUGUCUUAUAAUGAAAUGUCCCUUUCAAAA